AUGGAAAGUGUUUCGCCAAAGAACGCCCGCGGAACCAGUGCACCAAAUAUGCCAGCUGCGCCGGUCAUUCCGAGUGCCGCUUCCAAAGUCUUCGGCAUUUUGGAACUGUUCGAACUCAUUAUCUUUCUGUACGGAUGCAGUGAUGCGGACAUCGAUGACGAAGGCUACAUAACCCGACCGUCUCUUGGCCUAUACAGACUACAGCGUGUAAACCACACUUUUCGCGAUCAUAUUGCCAACUCGAAGAAGCUCCGCCGACUCAUGUUCCUCGCACCGGUAGACUACUACCCACGUCCUCCCAACAGGUUACAAAACUACGCACCUCUCACCUGGUUCCUUGAACACUUGCGUCCGGGUCGACUUGGUAACGCCUCACGGCGGAAGCAAAAGCAACACGCUACAUUUCAAUACCAUCACCCUAAGACCACUGUCCGAGAAUUAUCCCAGAACAGAGGGAUGCUACAUCUGGAAAAAACUUCGCGAGAGGCUUCAUGGCGGAAAAUGAAAAUCUGCAAUUCUAUGGACGCCGCGCUGCUUUCCCCGAUCCAUUUCCUAAACUACCAAUACGACUCCGAUUUAAUUCGUGAGUGCUUCGAGUUCGAGAAGCUAGCCGUUGAGAGGCAGUGUCCUGCAGAAUCUACUCUCGGCGAUUUCUGGGACGUAUACAUGGCUCUGGAAACAGGUCUUACGGAAGUUGUGAUGGCGUUUGAACAGUACCGAAGCGUAAAGUUGGCUGAACGCGAAGUUUUCAAGGCGCAAGUCAAUGCCAACCCCAGCCGAUAUAUGGUGUAUGCUAUGAAGUACAAGUGGGAUUACGACGACAGACCUUUUUUUAAUAGGCUUGAUGAGCAUAUAGGAGCAUUUUCUAUCUGGCAGGAGUCUGGAGCUGGGAGGGACAACGAAGAUUUUGAGGAUGAUGAUUUGGUCUAG